GAGGGGUGAAAACACACCAAGUUCUUAUUCGAGAAAUGUCAGUGAACAUGAACAGCCGAUUCUGAUAUCUUUGUUAAUACGUAAUAGUGCAUUUCGCUUCGAGAAAGAUGAGUCCUGGCUUGGGACACGAUCCUUUGUCAUCGUACAACAUCACUAUUCUUGGAAACACUGCUCUCUGCUUGUGGCAACAACCACAACAUAUUUUAUUUCAGUUGGCAAACUUCUGUUUUGCACUGUCAUAUUCAGCACCGUCUUCUAGAAAGGGGAUUGUGUUUAUGCAUUCAGUGUUAAUUCUAGGUUUUAUGUUACUGUCAGGAUGGGCUUGGCACGUGAUAUGCGCACCAGAUAUCUUCUCCUGGAACUUCAGCUUUUUAUUGCUCAAUAUCGGUCAAUUAGUCUACAUCAUUUAUCAGAUGAGACCCAUUAGAUUUGAUCCCGAAUUGGAGGAAGCUUAUCACACGCUCUUUUAUCCAUUCAAAGUUUCACGAUUGCAAUUCAAACGAUUAGUAUCGGCAGAAUUUGCGACGAUAAUGUCUCUCCACGCCGGUGAGGCGUAUGCGAUGCAAAACCUAACGAGAACAGAUAGAUUAGGUUUGCUCUUGACUGGCAAAGUUAAUGUCUUGAGCGAUACUAAUUUUCUACAUCCCAUAUUGCCCUGCGAAUUUCUGGAUUCACCGGAAUUCGAAAGUUCCCGAGCUUCUGUCGAUGAUAAAUUUAAGGUAUCUAUCAUAGCAGCGAGUUCCUGCAGAUAUUUAUAUUGGCAAAGAACAGCCUUGGAAUAUCUGCUUGUGAAGGAAACUUAUCUUGCAACUAUCUUAACCACGCUAGUAGCAAGAGAUAUUGCAACAAAACUGUAUGCAAUGAAUAAUAAGAUAGUUACAGACAAGGGAUCGCACUUGGACAUUCGCCUUCCUACAAUUAGUGCUGGUUUAGGCAUCAGCGGCGAAUAUAGAAGUCCUCGAGCGUACAGACAGGCUCUGAUCCGCAGGAAAGAAGCUAAGCCAACAUCUAACAACGGUAUUUGUUAUAACGUUAGCAACGUCAAGUCCAAAGAACGCGCAGCGAAUAAUUUAACGAAGAAGGGUGCGCCGAAUAUGGAACCUCUUCCGGAACUACCGUCCUGCGAUGACCUGGCCUCCAGUGGUGUGGAAAGCUGGUUGGAUUCCUCCAGCAAGUAUCAUAGUUGUGAAAUCGUCGACGAGGAAUAGCAUUACGCCUCCUACUCGAAUUACGAGAGUUUGCUCGGUGACGCUGAGGAUGCCGAGCACGAUGUACAGCUCUUCGACUACAAGAACGCGGAUUGUUGGAAGUCAUAUGACGACUAACGAUAAAAAAGUGGCGGUAAAUAAAAGCGCACGCUUUUACUUCCGUUCAGCGCGUUUACAUUGUUGGACUUUAAUAAAACCGCCAAGAUGCGGUUAAAUUUUAAAGUAUAUAAUACUAAAAAUGUCAUAAUUUUAGACACAUAUCCCUUGAAUUUUUGCUAGUAAAUUCAUCACUAGAAUUCAUCAAAGAAUAUAUUCCUACUAACUGCAAUAUUGAUAUAUAUUCUGUAGAUUUGUUGCCCAGCAACGAAAUUUGCAACGAAGGCACCUUUUGAAAAGUAUGCAUAUAAUGUAAAUUUAAUAUGCUUUGUACAUAUUUGUAAAUAUUCAACUUGACGACGAACUCGGAGAAUGAAAAUUCUAGUCUGAGAAGAAAGGAAACGAAAAUAUUUAAAUGAAUUUUCGAAAAAAGCUAAAUGUAAGUAAAUCUAAUGUUUAUAAGUAAAUGCACACAAAUGCGCCUAUAAAAAUGUUUGUAAAUAAUCAUGAUCGAUCAAAGAGGAUCGAGUGAAACAAGAAUUUCUUAUUAAAAAGAUUUUUACAAAAAAUAUAAGAAAAAUA